AUGGCAACGUUCAAGAUCACGUGUACUGCAUAUGGGUAUACUGUUGUCGGUAAGGGAACAACCUCUCGACUCUGGAACGAGGUCUCGCGCGAAGCUGAGGGGUCUGCGUUACCCGUCUUCCUCGGGGCGAUCGACUUGGCCAAGAUCUACUUCUUACAUGGGGCCGGAGAGAUUCGUCACAUGUUAAUUAUGGCCUGGGGAUGUGAGAGUAUUAGCGAAAUCAAACAUGACAACGGAUUGAUGCGUGAGAUCCUGAGGUCCAAGAAGGAAAUUCGUUCCCUAGGAGUUAGGCACCGGGACCUUCGCCUGGAUAAUAUUUUGUGGAACGCUGAGCUUGGACGGGCCCUGAUUAUCGACUUCCAUCUUUCUGAAUUAGUUCACCGACCGAUGAAGAAGCGGAAGAGGUUACUGAGACGCUUUCGCGUGGGGUGGAGGUACCCGUCACCUCUGACCCACACCGCCUUCGCGGUAUGGGUCAUCCCGGGCUCAACGGUAUUAUGGGCUCAAUGA